GCCGCUGGCAGAAUACUGGUAUAAUACUGUCAUGGCGGGGAAGAGCUGUAAGCAGGGGGUAAAUCAGGAAGAGAAAGCGCUGUAAGUGGGUUAACACUGAAAUUUGAACAAGUCUAGCAGUUUUUAGGGAAGGACCGAGUGGAUGACUGCUGUCCCUUGUCGAGCACCACUGGCGCUGUUGCGGUACUUGAGCCACGUUUAGGAGUUCUUGCUCAUGACAGCACUCUACCUGUCAAGCCUGCUGUGACAAUAGCAAGUUCUACUGCUGUAGCCUGGCUGGACUGGUGAAGAAAUGAAAGUCGCAGGUGCCUCUUAUAUUUUGACAGAGGGGAAGAAGGGCAAGGUCUCUGCGACUUGCCUUUAGAACCAAAUCUUAUUUAAGCCGGUCAAUUUUAGUGAACGGUUUUUGAUGCAUUAUUUCAUUCGCCUCCUCAAGUUUCUGACCGGGGGAGAGGAGUUCUACAUGGAAACGCAGUGACAACUCCAAUGUCGCGGUGUCAUCGGCUAGAAAUCAAACCCUCAUGCUCCUGUGCCUUUCGCGGACUACAAAACAUACUUUGUUGACUCGAAGGCUUAUUUUGGGAACUGUGUUGAAAGGGGAGGGAAAUAUUUUCGUUGUUUACCUCCAGACUGUCGACAUAACUGGAAAGAGGAUACCAUUGAUUUUUUUUCUUUCACCGACUUUCCUGUAUCACAUUACCGCCUUUGGGGGUGAACAGGUGCCUUACCUGUUACCGCCACCUGUCCUCCUGUAGCAAUGGCUAGCGAGGAGACGCCUGGUGCUGGGCGACCAGACGGGCAAGGUGAUGGAGCUGCGGCGGUGUCGCUCAACCCUGGGAUCCCAAUCCGAGGAAUCAAAAUGAAAUUCGCUGUCCUCGCCGGCCUGGUGGAAGUUGGGGAAGUUUCCAACCGGGACAUUGUGGAGACCGUCUUCAACCUGUUGGUGGGGGGCCAGUUUGACCUGGAGAUGAACUUCAUUAUCCAGGAGAAGGACAGCAUUGUGUGCAUGGUGGAGCUGCUGGACAAGUGUGAGCCCACGUGCCAGGCGGAGGUGUGGAGCAUCUUCACGGCUAUCCUGAAGAAGAGCGUGAGGAACCUGCAGGCCUGCACCGACACGGCCCUCAUCAACCUGGUCCUGGACCGCUUGGCCCACACUGACAGCAUGAUCGCAGACCUGAUGGUGGACAUGCUAGGGGUGCUGGCCAGCUACAGCAUCACAGUCAAGGAGCUGAAGUUGUUCUUCAGCAAACUGCAAGGAGAGAAAGGCCAAUGGCCUCCCCAUGCGGUGAAGCUGCUGUCUGUCCUGAGGAGCAUGACCCACCGGAACGGACCUGACUCCUUCUUCAGCUUCCCAGGGAAGAGUGCUGCUGCUAUAGCUCUGCCCCCUAUAGCCAAAUGGCCGUACCAGAGUGGAUUCACCUUCCACACGUGGCUCCGCAUGGAUCCAAUCAACAACAUCAAUGUUGACAAGGACAAGCCUUACCUGUACUGUUUUCGCACCAACAAAGGUCUGGGAUACUCUGCACACUUUGUGGGCGGCUGUUUGAUUGUGACCUCGUUAAAGUCCAAGGGGAAGGGAUUCCAGCACUGUGUGAAAUAUGACUUCAAACCACAGAAGUGGUACAUGGUGACCAUCGUUCACGUCUACAACCGCUGGAAGAACAGUGAGAUCAGCUGCUUCGUCAAUGGAGAGCUCGCCUCCUACGGAGAAAUCACCUGGUUCGUCAACACCAGCGACACGUUCGACAAGUGUUUCCUGGGUUCGUCAGAGACGGCGGACGCCGACCGUGUGUUCUGUGGUCAGAUGGGGGCGGUGUAUCUGUUUGGCGAGGCCCUCAGUGCAGCCCAGAUCCUGGCCAUCUACCAGCUGGGGCCUGGUUACAAGGGCACGUUCAAAUACAAGGCUGAGAGUGACCUCCUGUUUGCUGAGCACCACAAGACCCUACUGUACGACGGCAAGCUGUCCUCCUGCAUUUCCUUCUCCUACAACCCCCGCGCCACCGACGCUCAGCUGUGCCUGGAGUCCUCCCCCAAGGACAACGCCUCCAUCUUCGUCCACUCGCCACACGCACUCAUGCUGCAGGAUGUGAAGGCUGUGGUGACCCACUCGGUCCAGAGUGCCAUCCACUCCAUCGGGGGAGUGCAGGUCCUCUUCCCCCUGUUUGCACAGCUGGAUCACCUCCAGCACACCAGCGAUGAACUGGACACCUCUGUCUGUUGCACUUUGCUGUCCUUUGUGAUGGAGCUGUUGAAGAACUCUGUGGCUAUGCAAGAGCAGGUCCUGGCUUGCAAGGGCUUCCUGGUCAUCGGUUACACCCUGGAGAAGUCUUCCAAGGUGCAUGUGACUCGGUCCGUCCUGGACAUUGUGCUGGCCUUCGCCCGUUACCUCAGCAACCUGCAGAACGGCGUCCUGCUGCUCAAGCAGCUGUGUGACCACAUCCUGUUCAACCCUGCCAUCUGGAUCCAUGCCCCUGCCAAGGUGCAGUUGGUGUUGUACACUUACCUGUCCACCGAGUUCAUCAGCACGGUGACCAUCUACAACGCCAUCCGCAGGGUGGGCACGGUGCUGCAGGUCAUGCACACGCUCAAGUACUACUACUGGGUCGUCAACCCCCAGGACCGCAGCGGAGUCACGCCCAAGGGCCUCGACGGUCCGAGACCCAAUCAGAAGGAGAUCCACUCUCUCAGAGCCUUUCUGCUGCUGUUUGUGAAACAACUCAUAAUGAAGGAUUACGGAGUGAAGGAAGAUGAGCUUCAGAGUAUUCUCAACUACCUGCUCACCAUGCAUGAGGACGACAAUCUAAUGGAUGUGCUUCAGCUGCUGGUGGCUCUGAUGUCGGAGCAUCACGGCUCCAUGGUGCAGGCCUUUGAUCAGCGCAACGGAGUACGGGCCAUUUACAAGCUGCUGGCUUCCAACAGUGAAGGAAUCAGAGUUCAGGCACUCAAAGUCUUGGGCUACUUCCUCAAACACUUGCCCGCUAAGAGGAAGUCAGAGGUCAUGCUGGGUCACGGGCUCUUCUCCCUGCUCAACGAGCGACUGAUGCUCCACUCCAACCAGUUCAGCAUGACAACCUACAACGUGCUCUUCGAGAUCCUGACCGAGCAGAUCUGCACUCAAGUGAUCCAUAAACAGCAUCCGGACCCCGACUCCAAUGUGAAGAUUGUCAACCCGCAGGUCCUGAAGGUGAUCGCUGCCCUGCUGAAGAACUCUCCCCUCUCCCCAGAGAGCAUGGAGGUGCGCAGGGUCUUCCUGUCAGACAUGAUCAAACUGUUCAAUAACAGCAAAGAUAACAGGAGGAGCCUGCUGCAGUGCUCGGUGUGGCAGGAUUGGAUGCUCUCUCUGUGCUUCAUCAACCCCAAGAGCAGUGAGGAGCAAAAGGUCACUGAGAUGGUGUACGCCAUCUUCCGCAUCCUGCUCUAUCACGCCAUCAAGUACGAGUGGGGCGGCUGGCGCGUGUGGGUGGACACCCUGUCCAUCACCCACUCCAAGGUGACCUUUGAGCAGCACAAGGAGAACCUGGCCCGUAUGUUCCGUCAGUACCAGAGACUGGGCUCCGAGGGCGAUGCGGCUGGUAUCCGGACCAUUUCCGGGGCCAGCCGAGACUCUGAGAUUCUGGGCCAGCUCCGGACCAACAGGGAUCAGGGGGAGGAGACUGCCCCCUCCACCGUGAUCGAGCUCACCAUUGACCCAGAGGGGGUGUCCCAGAACCAGGAGUCCCCCAACACUACCCCUCACUCAGAAACCUCAACAGCAUCUGCCUCCACCCCCAGCCCUCCAGAGAGAGAAGGAGAUAGAAGUCAGAGGGGUCAAGCACCCAUAACUGUGUCCAACAUGCUGGCCAGAGCUGAAGAAGAGGAGGAACUACAGCAGGUCCAGAAUCAGAUCUCUGAGGAUCAGAGAGGUGGUGCUGGUGACAGAGCCGAAGUUACUACACAGGAGACUGAAGCUAAACUCACUGGGGAUAAAGUCAGCAGUAAGACCGUUGAGUCCAUGGCUGAGACUGAGACAGCCACAGACAAGACUGAUGAAGCUGCAGCAGCAAGCACAGCUGAAACAGACGAAGCGACCAAGCCAGAAAUUGAAGACGCGAAGGUGGCUAAAUCAGAAACAAGCGACGAUGCUACAACAUCUGAUACCGAUAAAGUAGUAAGCCCUCAAACGGAUGGAGAGAAGGGGUCAGAAACGCACAGCUGCAAAGCCUCCCACGUUCUUAUGUCUGAAGAUUCCCUGAACGAACCCAAGGAACCGGAAAUGGCAAAGCAACCGGAGGAACAGGUCUCUGCUGCCAUCUCGGCCUGCCAGCAGGGGUCAGCGGUCGGGGCAUCUGUCCAGUCAGUCAGUGACCAGGUCCGACCCAGCUCCACCGACGACAGCAUGGAGGAAUCCUCUUUUGUCUCCGCCGCUGGUGGAGAGGACCAAGAAAAGGAGGAAGAGGAGGUGAAGACAGAGGAGGUUGUUGUUGAGGAGGAGAAGAUGGAAGAGGUUAAAGCAGAGGAGAUCAAGACAGAGGUUAAAACUGAAAAGGAGAAGGAAGAGGAGAGUGUUGCCGAGGUCAAAAAGUCAGCAGUGGAAAGUCAAGCGACACCACCUGCUUCUGUACCUGAGGAGAGUCGGACACAACCCCCUAAAAUGGAGGAGAUUGACCUUGACCCGUCUGCACCAGGCACCGACCCCACCAGCACAGAGCCAGCAUGGCAGCCUUUAGAGUCCACAACACCACCCCCUUCAGCCCUGGAGGCCAUACUACCAGCAGCAGUAGGGGCCACUGUCUCUAAAUCUGACACCCCACAGGCUGUGGCACCAGCAGAGGUCCCCAGCACCAAGGGGUUCCAGCCAGAAGCGCCACAGGCCACAGAGGCCCCCAGCUCCAGGACUGAUACCUCUCUGAAGGUAGCCACUGCUACUGCUGUGGAGGCAGGGAAAGACAGUGCUGCAGAGGGCCCUGGCUCUGCCACUAAGACCAAAGAGAUCCACAUUGCCAGGCUGGAUGUGUCCAGUGUGGCCUCAGACACAGAGAGACUGGCGCUAAAGGAGACCUCCACACCUGAAGUUCCUCAGGGUGACGCAGCCGGUGCCUCAGGAGGCCAGGCCAACGAGAGCAGCUCCUCCGCUCGCUCCACCAUGUUCCGUAUUCCAGAGUUCCGUUGGUCUCACAUGCACCAGCGCCUGCUCACAGACCUGCUCUUCUCCAUCGAGACUGACGUGCAGAUGUGGAGGAGUCACUCCACUAAGACGGUGAUGGACUUUGUGAACAGCAGUGAGAAUGUGGUGUUUGUCCACAACACAGUGCACCUCAUCUCUCAGGUGGUGGACAACCUCAUCAUGUCCUGUGGAGGCAUCCUGCCCCUGCUUUCUGCUGCCACAUCCUCCUCACAUGAUCUGGAGAACAUUGAGCCGUCCCAGGGUCUGUCGGUGGAGGCCUCGGUCACCUUCCUGCAGCGCCUCAUCAACCUGGUGGAUGUUCUGAUCUUCGCCUCCUCCCUCAACUUCUCCGAGAUCGAGGCUGAGAAGAACAUGUCCUCUGGCGGUAUCCUCAGACAGAGCCUCCGUCUGGUGUGUGCCAUGGCUGUGAGGAACUGUCUGGAAUGUCAGCAGCAGUCUCACUUCAAGCCCAGCCAGGACAGCGCCCGCGGCCAGCAAGCCGUGCACAGCCUCAUGGGAACUGCCAAGUCCAUGCCCGCGCAGAGCCCUGUUGAUGUUGUGACAGGAGGGAUGUCUCCCAUCAGAGACAUGGACCGUCUGCUACAGGAAAUGGACAUCAACCGCCUCAGAGCCGUGGUCUUCAGAGAUAUCGAGGACAGUAAGCAGGCUCAGUUCUUGGCCCUGGCUGUGGUUUACUUCAUCUCUGUUCUCAUGGUGUCCAAGUACCGAGACAUCCUGGAGCCCCAAAACGACAAGAAACUCCCCCAGCGCAGCCAGUCUGCCAGGAGCGCAGACAGUAAUGCCGUCUCUGGCGGUCCCGACCUGGAGAGCAGUGUGUCCCUCCGUCGCCGAGACUCUGGCAUCGGGGAUGACCAUAGCUCAGUGGCCCCUAGCGAGGCGGACACCACCGCCCAGGGCCCCGACGCCGUGUCCGAGGCCCUGUCCACCCUCUCCUCAGAGGUCAGGGGUCACAGAGACAACCCCACGGCGGACGCCAGGGGCGGGAAGAACGUGAAGGACAUCCUGCGCAGCCUGGUCUCGGCGCCUGCUGAUGACAUCAUGGUGGACCCCAGUCUUCUGCCGCCGGCCUUCCUGGGAGCUGCAAUGGGAAACAACCCCAACCAGUUCAGAUCCUUUGACAGAAGCGUUCGGGUGGCGCCCAAGAAGGUGGGCGGGGCUCCGUCCCCAGGCUCCUCCACUCCUGUCCCAUCAGCCACCGCUUCCGUGGCGGCUACCGGGACACCAGUCAACAACGUUGCCGUGGUUUCCACGGGCGAUGCCUCCCAGAGCACCACCGCUGAGGCUGCAGCCGGAUCAGCCAGCGCCAACCUGCCAUCUGUCCCCACGCUGUCCCCAAUGACCCGGGACACAGCCCCCAGUAUGAGUAUCUCAGAGAGACUGGAGCAUGCUCUGGAUAAGGCUGCCCCCCUACUGAGAGAGAUCUUUGUGGACUUUGCCCCCUUCCUCUCUCGCACCCUGCUGGGUAGUCACGGACAGGAGCUCCUCAUCGAGGGCACCAGUCUGAUGUGUAUGAAGUCCAGCAGUUCGGUGGUAGAGCUGGUCAUGCUGCUCUGUUCUCAGUUUAUUCAGUGCCGUGCUGAUCGAGGAUUCAUGAAUCCAGAUGAAGGAAUCAUAGCAGGUGUGGUGCAGCAGUAG